AUGCACAUCCAACCUGCCACGUUUGCAGAUGUUAGCGAACUGGCCACACUAUCUGCCGCGGCCAUGGCCCUCGAUGAAUGCAUUGGACUGCACGGGUUCUUGUGUCCAUAUGGGCACGCCUAUCCGCUGUCUCGUCGUGAAGGCUUUCUCCGCCGUGUCAAGGGCCGCUUCUAUCAAGGAGGAGUGACAAUGUUCAAUAUGGUGACUGAUACCUUCGAUCCUGACUAUGAUGGCACCUCACGCAUCAUCGGUCACAUUGGCAUGUCUUCCACCCUCACCGAUCCCAACGCAGAAUCACUGGAUGACCGUAUCUGGAACGCUCUCAACCUUCGCCUUCACAGAGCUGAGGACUUCGUCCGCUGGUAUAUAGGAUCCGACCACUCAACAUCAAACGCCAACGUGCGUGCGUUUCUUGCCACACAGAAGACCAUCGACCCAGCCGACUAUCUCGAUCCGAAAGGCCGCCACUACCACUUUUGCGAGUACCUGGUGGUCAGCCCCGACCACCAGCGAAGGGGAAUAGGAAAGGCGCUCGUGGAGUUCGCGCAGGCGAGAGCGAGAGCCGAGCGUGUUCCCAUACUGCUGACGUCAAGUGUAGCAGGCGUGAGGUUCUACGAGUCUUGUGGGUUCAGAGAAGUCGCAAAGCUUCCGUUCGCCGAAGGCAGCGGUAUUGAGGAUCCACUGAUGUUGUGGGAGCCAGAGGGGCUCGAGAAGGAUGCAAUUUCAAAUGGCUGA